AUGGGGAACAACUUCUGCGCUUGCGAAGCAGUCACAGAAGAUCCUCCUGUGAGGACCGAUCCUGUUCCGGUGGUCGAGGAUCUCCCAAUGGAGUUCCCGAUGUGGCUGAUACCAGCGAAGGUACUGGUGACGCUGAGGCCGCCCUUGAAGCCGCAUAAGGACAUGGUGGAGGCUGGACAUUUGAUCCAGUGGCGCAGGGGCCACCCGAACAAGGUGAUGCUUAUCUCCCACCAGUGGGCUGGCACCAGACACCCGGACCCGAAGUUCGAGCAGUUCCUGGUGCUGCAGGAGGCCUUUCUUCAGAUGUCUCAGGGCAAUUGCCGCGUCUCCAAGGAUCCAUCCUCAGAACUCAGCGAGCUGAACGGGCGGCGGACUCCCGUCAUGAGCAUCGAGGAGCAAAAGGCGUGUCUUGACUGGGACGUGUGGUAUGACUACUUCGGAUGCCCGCAGAUCGACGACCGAGCCUAUGACAACGGUGCCAAAGAACUUCAGGCGGCGGUGAACAGUAUACCUUCGUACUGCACCGUGGCGGACUGCGUCUUUGUGCUGGCACCCACGAUGCGACAUAGCGACUCGGGGCGGAUGAUGAGCCGAAGCACCUGGGGCAUGCGAGGCUGGUGCCGCGCGGAGCGCACUGCCUUUGUUCUGUCGCAGAGGGAGGGGCAGCUGAUGUUCAUUUCCAGCCCCACCUCCAUCCUCGUGUCCAACGGCAACGAGUGGGCGCGAGCAUGGCCAGGUGAAGGUCACUUCACGGUGGAGGCGGAUCGCGAGAAAGUGAAGCAGCUCACGAAGGACCUGCUCUUGAUCAAAUGCCACUCCUUGUGGCUGAGGCGCAACAUGCCAGGGUGGCGCUUUUACCAAGCGCUGCACCCUCGUGCGCAGGGGCACCCCCCGAUGCAGGAGGAGGAGAGCUUGGAGGACUUUCUGCAGCGCUACAACCUGGACACCACGCUGCACCAUUUGGAGCAAGGCGGCCUUAGCCCACUCAUGCUGGCCAGCAGGGAGCCCAAGGGUAGGGCCAUGGAGACGCCCAGGUGCUGCGUCGGAUCUGUGCCGGGGACACUCACCACCAGCCCCAAGCGGUAA